AUGCCAGUCCUGCGAAGCCAAGUGGUCAUUUGGGAAAUUGUCCACGAUGCCGUCGUCCUGGGAUAUCUACUUUCAUCUCGCUUCUUAUGUCUCUUGCUACAGGUUUCCCCUUCCACUCGGAUGGAGGAUGGAGGCACCGGUAUAACCCCUGUGGUUUCCACCGGUGUCCCAAAUCAUCGUCCCUUCUCUUCUCUCUCACCGGAUUCCGAUCGGAACAAGCAGGUUGUUGUAGAGAGUGAGGGAGAGAGGUUCCUUGAUUCAUAA